CCAUUUAAAUACAUACUUUACUGUGAUCCAAGACUGUCUGCCAUUUUGACUGACUAUAAACACUCUUCGACAAAAUGACGAUUUUGUGUGAUUAGAUCCUGAUCAGGACUGCCUCCCCACUGAAACACCAUGUCCAAGUCCCCUGUAACUCCUGACUAUGUGGAUAAACACAUGCCCCCGCCGUCUUAUGAGGAGGUGAUGGGACACCAGGCUCUCUCCUCCGUGAAGGCUGACGUCCCUAGGGAAGAACUGCCUCCCCUGGCCUACAUAGACAUCAUGCCCAGGUGUCUGCAUCCGGGGAACAUGAGGAAAAGGGUGCCACCCGAAUACGACAGAUUCAGUACCCUGAUAGGAGCAGCUAAUUACUGGCUCCGAGCAAACCCAAAUUACGGUGUGUGGAAAUGUGAGACGGUAGAACGAAAGGUGGAGUCGAGCGGGGAGAUAAUUAUGGAUAAGAUGUUAAGCCACGAGUCAACCUAUGGCUUCAACGUUCUCAUCAGAGGGCUAAGGUUAUGGUUAUACGUUAAAGACCCCUCCACACCACCACAACAACUAGGACUUUUAAACAAAGUCCCCAAAACCACAGAGGUGAACCUCACAGCUGGCCAGCUGUAUCACCCAUUUGCUGGGUUUGCCAUCGGGCAUCCAUUAUUUCUACAAAUGUAUGGCUAUUCAAUGACCACAUAUCAGGGAUUUGAUGAAACCCUACAAAGCUUAAAUGAAGAUUUAAAGAAACAAACACUGCAAGGUUCUAUACUGAAUGUUGAAAGUGCCACACUUAAGAUGUCUGAGGGACUGGAAAAAGCUGUCAUUGAUCCUGAUAACACUGUCUGUCAUGAGAAUGGCGGGAAAAUGAAGCGGUACACGCAGAUCAUACGUGUCUUCUACGUCAUAGGAGAACCUGCCAAUGAAACAAUAGGGAUGAAAGAAUUUAUUCCCAGCAUUACAAAACCACCGGAUAUUGCUACUCACGCACAGUUUCAGAAUUUCGAAGAAAACAUGACAAAAUUCAACAAAUGGUUGCCGCAUCAAACUGGUAUAAAGUUGGUCAACAUUCAGACACAUGAAGUCCGUUACACAGACAAGCUAGGACAACUUGACAUUCUCUCGGAUCUGACGGACGACUUCGACGACGGAAUGUCGGAAAGGUCAUUUCUCCAGACACUCCGGGUAUUUUACGUGAUGGCGCCUAGUGCCGCACCCCCACCACAAAUCAGCUUCAUUACGUCACGGCUAUUCCUCCCCGUCAGGACAGGAGAGAGGUCAUUUGAGACAAUGUCACAGACAAUGUUCCGUAUUGAAGCCUGGCUAAAAGUCACAGGUAUCCCUUCGUAUAAAGUGGAAACCGUCAAGUUUCUUUAUCGAGAAUCCCUGAAGUCAGCUGUGGAUGCUACCAGGACGUACUACACGUCCUUUAAAGGAGUUGGGAAGUACUACGUCACAGCGGUCAGGGUUUACUUUCUCUAUCCGUACCAGGAGCCCCACCCGUCUUAUCUCCCUCCCGCUUUCCCCUGGGAUCCCUCCAUGAAACCAUCCUCUACCUGUACUAUCCAGUAAAGCGCGGCUCAUGUGACGUCAACUUGUCUAUCAAUUGUAUUAUCUGUACUUUUAUUUACAUGUACAUCUUAUGAGAGAGAUUUGCAGAUGCUAUCCAGUUUUGAUUAUGGAACUUUCUUCGACAAUAAUAUUUAUUUUUUUAAAUUAGAUUCAAAAGCAUUAACUGAAAACUCUGACCACGAUCACUUACUAUUUUAUUAUACAUUCUCCGCAUUCUAAGUCUUAAAUGAUUUAUGUUUUAGAAAUUCAUGCAAUGUAAAUUUGUCAAAGGUUUAUCUGACAAAAAUAUAUUGAAUGAAUAUACCUCUU